AUCCUGCUCUUACUAACCAAUAUCACGUACAAUGGCGUUACGGCAAAAUCACCAGCUAAGAAAGCUGAGCUUCUUAAUCUAUACUUUAUCUCGGUGUUUACAAAACCCAGUGUUGAUAUCAAUGGAGAUGAGGAUAAAUAUGAAGAUUUCACAAAUGUGACGAACAUUGGUGAAUUGCAA